CAAUAAUAUACCGACUCUGGAGCAUUUCGCAUUUCAUUUUUGUUUAUAAUCACCACUUCCAAAUAACUGGUUUGUAUCCUCUGUCUCUUCUCCCAUCUUAGAUUGCAGUAGGACCUAGAAGAUGUCCCAAAAGCAACUGUUCGCUGCUUUUGACGUAACCCGCCAAGUCUUCUACCGCUCUUCCCUUUCCGUUGGGAUUGUCAACCUCAAACCUCUUUUACCAGGCCAUGUACUAAUCGUGCCCAAACGUGUUGUCCCAAGGCUCGCUGAUCUGGAAGCCAAUGAAGUAUCAGAUCUUUUUCUUUCGGUCCAGCAUAUUGGCAAGGUUCUUGAAGAUGUCUACAAAGCACGGGCUAUGACAGUUUCUCUGCAGGACGGCGUCGCUGCUGGACAGUCGGUGCCGCAUGUGCACAUACACCUAAUCCCCCGUCAUCCUACAGAUUAUGACGGAAAGAACGAUCGAAUAUACCCACUUCUAGAGCAGUCUGAGAAGCAGCUCCAUGGCGAUUUGAAAAAUUCAGAUGUACCAGUUGCGAAUGGCAGGGAUGAUGAUGGUCAAACCGAGGCGCAGGUGGGGAAAUGGGAGGUCCCGAAGGAUGAAGAUAGAAAGCCUAGGAGUAUGGAGGAGAUGGAGAGAGAGGCCAACUGGCUGGCUAGUUUCUUUAAAAGCAGCACGAAUAGUUUAUAGUUUAGAGGUUGGGGAACACCAGUUCUACCCGCACUGCAAAAGUCAACAAUACAUAAUUAGACUUGUCGUUUGGAUGAAGUUGUUAUUAUAUAGUUACAAUAAUAUACAGUCAUACAGACAGAUAUGGUACAAAUUAACGAA